CCUGUGCUCCCGAAACAUCCAACCUCGACCGCGAUACCACACAUCGAGCGACAAGCUGCCGACGACAAUCCGAUUACACAAUACCACGACUCCAGAGCCAUGUAGCAGAUUGCCAUUCGAUUGAAUCUGCACAAGUAAAUUCGCUUUCUGUCCGACCGCCGACAUGGAACGGGCCCCCUCUGGGGCCAAGUCCCUGUUCCCUCAAGGGCCCAGCUUCACCCUCGAGGACUUCUCGAACCAGGACUUCGUGGUCCGCGAAUUCGUUGACACUCUUGCCGAGAAUGCCGUACCUGCGAACCGCCGAUCAGGUCCAUCGCAACCCGCCUUUGACCCUAAGCCACUCAUUCGCACCUUUGAGAAUGCGCUGUCGCAGCUUGGAUCGUUGUCCGAAGAACUCCAGGAGAAGGAAUCGGAACUCCAGUCCAAUGUACGAAGGGCCGAAGCCCAGCAUGACCAAACACUCGAUACCCUUGGUCGAAAGCUCGACCAGUCCAUGGCCUCCUUCGAGGCACUCGAUCUAUCAUUAAACCAAUCCGCGACGAACGGCGACAGAAGUGCGAGACAAGAAGCAGGCGGUAAUAUUGCUGUGCAGAUUGGAGAGAAGCUUGAAGAGCUGGACAGAAAACGGAGGCGAGCCCAGGAUGCCAACUUCCUCAUCCAAUGCUGGAUUGAGGUUAGCGAGACGGGCCAGCUCACGUCAUUAGAGGAGAUCCAGAGACAGGGAGGAGCAGAGAACAAGGUCCGAUGCGCAGUAAUUUCCCGACAGCUCAUGCGAAUCAGUCAGCGGCUAGACCCGACCUCUUGGGGUCAGACGAAUGGUACAAACGGGUUCCGAGGAAACGGCGUUAUGAACGGCGUCACGGGAACAAAUCGCGUGCACAACACGAGAGAACUACUCGAGAAGUUCUCCGAGUCUUUGGAGCAGGAGCUUCUCAAGCAGUUCAACAGCAGCUACCGACGCCAAAACUUCGACGACAUGAUGGAGUGCUCCAAGGUCCUGUACGACUUCAACGGUGGCUCCAGCGUCAUCGCGACCUUUGUCAAUCAGCACCAGUUCUUCAUCGACAGAGACCAAUUGAUUUCGGAUGAAGUUAUGUUGGACGGCGACACAUGGGAACAGAUUGCAGAUCCCGAUUCUGAACCACCUGGCGUCGAAGCCAGCCUACAAUCUCUCGUUGACGAGGUCAAACUCGUCAUGCAGGAGGAAUCCUUCAUCAUCAAGCGCGCCUUCCCCUUUUACGAGACUGUUUUGAUCAAAUUCAUUCAGCGAGUGUUCCAGCAGUCCGUUCAACAAAGGCUGGAGAUGGUGCUGGACAAGGCCAACGAGAUCUCUUCCUUGGCGUUCCUCAGAUCGCUGCACUCAUCGAGGACAUACAUCAGUUCUUUGAUCGAAGACCUCAAAUCACACGGCCUUACCGAACAUCCGGAACCGGCUUCCCCCCAAAUCUCCCAGACACUGGAUCAGCAAAUGGAGGAACUUUUCGUUCCCUACCUUGUUGGUAACUCAUACAUUGACCGAGAGAGGAAGAGUCUUGAAGAAACGUACAAUUCGUUGCUCUUCAAAUUCACAACAUACCACUCCAAGAGAAAGAAGGCACCCACCGGCUUCAUGGCCUCACUUGCACAACAGAGUUCACAAAUGCUGUCGUCGGCUAAGGAUGCAUAUCUCGAGCGCCUCGACUCCUCUGAGUUAACAGCCACUCAGAAGGCUAUGAUGCUUCGUGUUGCAGGAAUACAAGACAACAAUGACAACAAAAACGACGUCGAAGUGUCAGAAGAAGAUGGUAUUCUGAGCAUAGCGAAUGCCAAGAGAAUGAUGAAGUGGCUCGCGGAAUCCGUCCGAAGAACCCUCGAACUUGGCUCUCCCGCCGAUACACCAAAGGACGUCAACGUUCUCUUAAACCUUUUACUCACAACAAUGGGCCGCGUCUAUGUGGAGACGGCCUUGGACGCCGCGCUCGACCAGGCAACUUCUCAGGAAAAUAUCAAGUCGGAACCAGACUUGAGCUACCUCCCUUCAAUCCGUCCCGCGGUGACCAUCACCAGCAUCAUGGAACGCUUCAUUACUACUGUGCUCAUUAAACUGGCCGAAUCCAAUACCACAGUCCGCCGCAGCAUGUCCACGCAGACGAAAUCCGCGAUUGACGGCAUUGAGCGCAAGACCAACGCCGUGAUGCGCAGCUCUAUCGACGUCGUCACCAAUUGGGUCACGCGCUCUCUCUCUAGUCAGAAGAAGUUUGACUUCCGUCCUCGCGACGCAGAUCUGGACUCACUUCAGACCCCCACCUGUUUACAAAUGAGCCAGUUCCUCUCCCGCGUCUCCAAGCACGCUGCCCAGGCUGUGGACGGCCAGAACCUGGAGGUCUGGAGCUCCGAGGUCGCACUCGCCGUCUUGGCUCUGCUCUUUGACCACUUCAAAAAGUUCCAGGUCAAUGCUACGGGCGGACUCAUGGUCGCGCAGGAUCUGUCCAAGUACUCUUCAACUCUCAAGGAGUGGUCGCUCGCACCGGAUGUGGAAACCUCGGCCGAGCUUCUCACUGAUAUUGGUUCCCUCUUCAUUGUCGGACCCGAGGCGCUGAGGGAGAAGUCUCGCACGCUCGCGGCGGGCCCCUCUGGCCAGGGCAAGAAGCUUACCAAGGCCGACUUCAAGGCAUUCGUGCAGCGUCGUGACGACGCCAGUAGCGUUGGCAUCCAAAGUGUAUUGGCCGGACUUUGAGAUAUAGGGGGGUUUAGUGGCCAAGGUUUGGGAAAAGGGGCAUUGCCGGGGUAGUUGGGGAGAUUGACGCAUGUACUGUCUUAUUAAUGAUCGAAUAUGAUACCAGGUUUCAAUGUGCACAAGCCCUGCUGAACGAUCUUGACUUGUUGUCACCGGCCGCCGGUCCGAGGUCACGUACCUGCAGACUCGGGAAGGCGAGCGCAAGAAUCGCCGAC